CGCUUGUACCAACCUUUUAAGUCUCUUUGUUGCAAGGCGACUGUAUCUUCUUCUUCGUCUUCUCCACACAUAUUUCGACAGCAGUUGCCUGAAACGCGCGCACGCCGACGCAAUCUCACCAGAGCACACCAGCCAACAUCCUAGUCCGUUGUAAGGAAGGAACUAACAUACAGGCUCCAUGUCGCACAAUUAUAACCAACCAGGCGGCUACCAGCAACCUCCAUACCAAGGCCAAGCCCCGCCCCAAGGAUACGGACAGCAACCCCCACAGCAAGGCUACUAUCAACAACCAAUGCAGAACCAACAGUAUCCCCCACCGCAGGGCGGCUAUCCGGCACAGCAAGGCUGGGGCCAGCCGCCACAAGGAGGACAGUAUGGCGCGCCCCCACCAAAUCAGUACGGUGCUCCUCCUCAAGGCCAGUACGGGGCGCCUCCUCCCCAGCAAGGCUAUGGCGCUCCUCAGGGGCAAUAUGGCGCACCUCCUCCAGGCCAGUAUGGCGCACCGCCCCCAGGCCAGUACGGAGCCCCGCCCCCAGGCCAAUAUGGGGCUCCGCCUCCACAAGGACAAUACGGCGCUCCUCCACCUCAAGGACAAUACGGCGCUCCUCCGCCGCAAGGACAGUAUGGUGCCCCUCCACCACAGGGCCAGUAUGGUGCGCCCCCGCCUGGACAGUACCAGCCUCCACCUCAACAAGCUGGUUACGGAGGCCCGCCGACGCAGCCAUCACCCGGCUAUGGUCCCCAGCAGGUUGCCAACAUCGACGUAAGCAGAGAUGUUGAGGCUCUUCACAAAGCCAUGAAGGGGUUCGGCACCGACGAGAAGGCCCUCAUCGCAACAUUGGCAAAGAAGGAUGCUAUACAGAUAAACACUAUUCGUACACAGUACGAUCAGCGACUAAUGAAGAGCUUGGUAAAAGAUCUCGAGAAGGAAACCAGUGGAUACUUUGAGAGGGGCUUGGUCGAGAUUGCUCGAGGACCUCUGGAUUCCGACUGCUACAACCUAAUGGAAGCAAUGAAGGGUAUGGGUACAAAGGAGGUCAUGCUAGAUGAUAUCCUGAUUGGCCGAAGCAAUGCCGACAUCAACGCCAUCAAGGCGAGGUACCAGCACCUGUUCAAGCGGACCCUCGAAAACGACCUUCGAGGUGAUCUCAGCGCUGGGACAGAGCAGAUGUACAUGAUGAUCACUGCCGCUCGACGCAACGAAGACUCACAUCCUGUCAUCCCCCAGGAGAUUGAGCAAGCUGUCACUGAGCUCCAGAAUAGUAUAGGUGGAUUUGUUGGCAAAAAUACAGCACAGGUCUGCCAGCUCCUCACCAGCAAGAACGAUGCUCAACUGCGCGCCAUCGCUCAAUCCUACGAGCAGCGCUUCCGCAAGCCUCUCGACAGUGUUCUCAAGUCUAGCUUUUCGGGCCACAUGGAGGACGCACUCUGCCUGCUUGUGCACCGAGGCAAGAACCGUGCCGAGGCUGAGGCUGUCCGUCUGGAAGAGGCCAUGGCUGGAAUGGGCACCAAGGAUGUGUUGCUCGUACAGCGUGUGGUUCGCUGCCACUGGGACCGCAACUUCAUGAACGCUGUCAACGCCGAGUUCAAACGGGUUGUUAAGAAAGACCUCGUUAAGAGAAUAGAAGGAGAGACCCGUGGUGACUAUGAGAGGCUCAUGGUCGCUUGCGUGAAGCCUUAAGAUUACUGAGCGAUGUGUACGGUUAUGGCUACUAGGCUGUGUGUUUAUGAUAUCAGGACUUUUCCAUAUUUCAUACUACGAUACCUGGGUUGUUCCUUGGGGUUGGAGAAUGCAUGGGUCUCUACAUACGGAGUGGAGAGAGUUCGUCUAGAUUGUUAAACUAAAUACUUUUGGUGGAGUGAUGUAAGCCUAUUAUAUGACUAAUUCAUACGUUAUUGUCAAAGUCUUCCAUUACUCACAACAGUACCUACCCGCGCAGCAGAAAGCGAACCUACGAACUAUGUUUCUAGUACCACGAGUGCGACAGUCUCUAAGGGAUAGGAUGUGUAUAUCGCCUAGUUGAUGUUUGGAGCCUAUUCUGAAGCCAGAACACUGUGCAUCUAGGCGUCUUCCUCACAGCCACGAUUAGUACUUUAGCACGCAUAUUCGUCUAAUCAUGAAUAUACGUGAAGCUGAAUCUCCAUGAGA